GUGACUCAAACGAGCAAAGCAAAGGAAAGAGGAAAAGAACAGAAGAAAGAAGAAGGAACCAGAAAUGCAAUGUUACAGCAACAUCUUUUUGUAUCCUCAAACACAUGAUAGAAGAACAACACACUGUUUGCAUCCAACAAAACUGUCGGUUACUCCACAACAACAAAUUUCUCACGACGAUGAUGUUACAAAUGACGCAAAAUCCAAACUAAUAACAAGUGCUUCAAACCCAUUUGUUAAACACUGUCUCAAACUCCGUAACAACUCUUCUUAUCGUCGCUCUCAUGCUUCUGUUCUUGUUGUCGGUUCUACACCUAUCAGGUUUCAAGAAUCAUCGCAAGAUAAAAAUAUUACAAUGGAUUGUUUAAUUCUUCCCGAGAAAGCUGAAAUUCCCAAUGGGUUGGAUGAAUCAACUGAUUCUAUUGUCCAUGUGAGCUCUGUAGUGAUGAGAAAGCUUUCAGGUCUGGAGUCGACCGAUUCAAUUGAAGCGAUUGCCCUUAUGAAAAUACCUGCCAGUUUUUUAAACUUAGAUGACAAUCAAAAGCACUGCAAGAAGUGGUUUCCAUCUGCGCAUCGGAUUUUAGUCCUUGACGGGAUUCAGGAUCCUGGUAAUCUCGGUACGUUGCUCAGAUCAGCUGUGGCCUUCAAAUGGGAUGGAGUUUUUCUGCUUCCUGGAUGCUGCGAUCCAUUCAAUGAGAAAGCUCUCCGAGCUAGCCGAGGCGCCUCCUUUCAGCUCCCUGUAGUCACAGGAAGCUGGAAUCAUCUCGAGUCUCUCAAAGAAGAAUUCCAAAUGAAGAUGGUUGCAGGGCAUCCAGAGCAUGAAGGGCUGAUCAAGCCAACUUAUUCACUUGCUCCAAAUUUCUGUGAUUCCUUAUCAGAUACAGCACUGUGCUUAGUUUUAGGCAGUGAAGGGAGUGGCAUUUCAGAAAAAUCCCUUCAAGCAUGUGAGCUUGUGAGCAUUGCAAUGACAGGAGAAUAUGAGUCGCUCAAUGUUUCAGUUGCAGGUGGAAUUUUCUUGUAUAUGCUACAACCAAAGAACAAAUGAAUUUUCUCAGUUUAUUUGGGAUUUUUUUUUAUCUCCAUAAAUUUGGCGAAAUUUUAUCGUCCAAAUUUACUUUUUUUUUGUCCUUAAUCUGUUGAGAGACUAAAACUGGUAUUGGAAUCAACAAUUUUUAAACUUCUAAAAAGUUGAAUACACUAUUUUCCAACAAAUUUUUGUCUCUUUAUCCAAUACCUUAAAGGACACUCAUUGUGAUCGUACUUUAUUAGUCUAAAAACAAAGAAAAAUAGUUA